CUCCAGUAGCCUACUUGAACCUAAGUCUCAUCUGGAGGAUCACAGUGAGCUGAGGAGAGCCUCCUCGUUAGAGGGAUUAACUCAGCACCAAUCGCUCGAUGCUGAUGACAAGAUUCGGACUAAUAGUGAGCCACCUCUAGCUAACCAUGUUAGGUCCAAUUUUAUCAGUCAAGCUUCAAGUGACUCUGAACUAGCCAAACAUAAAACAAAAGGUUAUGAUGACAGUAUUGGCAAUUUAAUGGAUGCCAAGAAAGACAUAGACGGUGUUUUAUCGACAACUAAACUUCUACCCAAUGUUCAGAAUAUGAAACAAAAUGUUACAGAAAAAUUAGGACUUAUAUUCAGGCGUGGAGUCAAAAAUGGCACAAAUGGAGUAGAUGAGGUACUUUCUCUUGGAGCUGACGUCAUUCCAGAGUACAAACUGCAAUCAUCUCGCAUCCACAGGUGCACAAUUCUUCAUUAUUCUCCGUUCAAAGCUGUUUGGGACUGGAUUAUUCUUCUCCUUGUGAUCUACACAGCAAUAUUUACUCCCUAUGUUGCAGCUUUUCUUUUAAGUGAGGAACGUAAAAAGGAAGCUUAUCAGAGCGUGCAAAACUCUUAUCAAGAUCCUCUCACCAUUAUAGACCUUAUUGUCGAUGUGAUGUUUAUCAUCGACAUUCUUAUCAACUUCCGUACCACGUAUGUCAAUAAAAACGAUGAAGUAGUCAGCCAUCCAGGGAAAAUUGCUGUUCAUUAUUUUAAGGGUUGGUUUCUCAUUGAUGUGGUGGCAGCCAUCCCAUUUGACUUGUUACUGUUCGGUUCAGAAACUGAUGAAACUGCCACGUUAAUCGGUUUGCUGAAAACUGCUCGUCUGCUUCGGCUGGUGCGGGUUGCACGGAAACUGGACCGGUAUUCCGAAUAUGGCGCUGCAGUAUUAAUGUUAUUGAUGGCAACUUUUGCUCUUAUUGCUCAUUGGUUGGCCUGCAUAUGGUAUGCCAUUGGCAAUGUUGAACGUCCCCUUUUACGACAUCCGGUAGGCUGGUUGGAUGAACUGGCCAAACAAACACAACAGUACUAUUCACCGAAUGAAACUCACAGUGGCCCAACUAUCAAGUCUAAAUAUGUCACAGCUCUAUAUUUCACAUUUAGUAGCCUUACCAGUGUAGGGUUUGGCAAUGUUUCCCCUAAUACGAAUUCAGAAAAAAUUUUUUCGAUUUUGAUAAUGUUGAUUGGGUCUCUUAUGUAUGCAAGUAUCUUUGGCAACGUUUCUGCGAUCAUCCAGCGUUUGUAUUCAGGUACAGCUCGCUACCACACGCAAAUGCUUCGAAUUAAAGAAUUCAUUCGUUUUCACCAAAUUCCAAACCCAUUACGACAGAGACUUGAGGAAUACUUCCAACAUGCCUGGUCUUAUACCAAUGGUAUAGACAUGAACAUGGUAUUAAAGAGUUUUCCAGAAUGCCUUCAAGCUGAUAUUUGUCUACAUUUAAACAGAAACCUUCUUAGUAAUUGCCCAGCCUUUCAAGGUGCUAGUCCCGGUUGUUUGCGAGCUUUGUCAAUGAAAUUUAAAACAACCCACGUACCACCAGGGGACACACUUGUACACCGAGGCGAUGUUUUGACAGGGUUAUUUUUUGUUUCAAGGGGCUCAAUCGAAAUUCUUAGGGAUGAUAUAGUUGUUGCUAUUUUAGGAACUGAUGACGUCUUUGGAGAGAACCUAUGUAAGCAUAUGACGAUUGGCAAAUCCAGUUGUAAUGUUCGCGCUUUAACCUAUGGUGACCUUCAUAAGAUUAAUCGGGAGGAUCUUUUGGACAUACUUGAUAUGUAUCCAGAAUUUGCUGAAAGUUUUACCAAAAAUCUAGAAGUCACAUUUGAUUUAAGAGAUCAUGAAUUGGUUGUGAAAAUGCCUCAAGAAGAAAUGGAAUCAGAAUUUGCUAAAAGACCUUAUUAUCGAAUCUUUUCUUGCUUCCCAGAGAUUUUACGAAAUGAAAAAGCUUGUCGACGAGAUAGACGAUUACGGCAUCGGUCGAGUCAGGAGACGGAACCGGGCCUCUCUUAUGAGUCCAGUGAUGAAGAGAUUAGAGAGAGUGGUGCUGGAAUUCUAGAGUUUUCACCAGCAAAAGCGGGCCAAGAUGUAACGCCCGCCAACUUUGAUUUCCAGCCAAGGGACAAAGAGAAGAAGCUGAGUUCAGGGUUUCCUUACAUUGCAGGUGCUUUAUCUAGUGUGAAUACUUUAGUUAACGUGGUCACAGGGCGACACGAUUCCACAAAAAAAAGUCAAGAAACAGCACCUUUAUUGCAGGAGUUGAGUGCAAGUCCUGAAACUCAGCACAAGGUGACAUCUUCAUCAAGUGUACCAAAAUCUACGUCGAGUAUGACUCUACCAGUGUCUACGUCGUCUAGCCAUUCCCAGUUCGACGAGCAUCAGCCUUCAGGAAGAGGUGGUGCUGAUUCACAAACAGCAAUGGUGGGACACACAAGUCCGUUAGAUGUGGAAAGAAGAUUGGAGGAUAUGACAAGGCAGCUUUGCAGGUUAGAAAAGAAAAUGAGCUCAGAUAUAUCGAUGAUUUUAAGCAUUUUACGCAACCAGUAUUCAACUGCUGCUGUAUCAGUCCCAGCCGUAAGUUUCAGUGGAGGUGCUCAAAUCAGCUCUUCGUCGUCACAGGCCCCAGCCAGUGGCAGUUAUACAGCGCCAGUCUCUUGUAAAACAGCUGUAUCAGAGCCGAAAACAACAGCAGGAAGUAAUUAUCAAGCAUUUCCAAAAUCCAGUGAACAACAACAACUACAUCAACAGCAACAACAACAACAACAACAGCAGCAGCAGCAGCAACAACAUUCGCAGCAGCUGGAUUCAAGUGUAACAAACAUGGUAGGUGGGGAUGUGAGUUCCGUUCCAGAUGAUGAUGUAUUCCAGUUCCCGCCGCCGCCUCCACCUUACUCAAGUGAUGUCCAGGAUUCUUAGUAGAGUUGUCCAAUAUAACUCUCUUUGGCAGAUUGGUGUCCCAUACCAGGUCAGCUCAUCUGAAGAUUUGUGUUGCUGUGAAGGACCUGUAGAUCACCAUUUCACUCCGUCAACUUCUUCUCCUUCUUUGGAAUAUCCCAUGUUUUAAACUCGGAGUAAUUAAACACACAAGGAGUACUACUACUACAGCGUUGGAGCCAUCAGAACAGCAGCAACAAAAUAAGAAGAAAUAAAGGCAAAAUAUAAACAAAAAAACAAACACGAGUUUUUGGAGCAAGUUGCUACUCUCCCAAAUGGAAAAUGGUAUUGUCAAGAAUGGUGCGAUGAGCAUUCUUAAAAAGUUCUUCGCACACACACACACACACACACACACGCACACACUGUUACCCUCUUCUUUAACCUGAUCCUUAACCCCCUAAGCCAACCCCACCCCUCCUGCCAAAGUCGUUGCUUGUGUAAAAAGCUGGUGGUGCCAGUGUGUUCUGCAAGGUAUCGCAGAACUUCAGUUCUUCCCAGUAGCUUCAAUGAUUAACCCCCUUCCCUAACCCCCACCUCCAUCGCACACACACACUGCCCCUACACAUACACACAUAAACUCAUCCCUCCCCACACACACAUAUUCCCUUUAUCUUGCCCCUACCCCUCCCUCUUCUUUCAAACAGCAGCCAUAAGAAAGAAAAAAAAAGAAAAAGCACAGACAUUCUGUAUAGAAAGAUCAAAAAAACACAGUUAUGUUAUUUGAAAUUCUGAAGAGUGAAAAAAAAAAUAAUAAUAAUAACAAUAAUAAUAAUACAACAAAACAAUGAACAACACAAAAGGGAUUUUUUUUCUGCGAUACUCUAAA